AUGGAUACAUCAAAACAAAAUAUAAAUACUACCGAAAAUACAAUAGAAAAUAAUUCUAAAACUGGUGCUAAAAAUUUAUGGAAAGGAUGGGAUAGAAAAUAUCAGUUUCACGCUACAAUUUUUUCCAUUGGUUCAACUAGUACUGAAUCAGAUGAAACUAACUUUCUUUUUAAAAAAAUAAAUAUUAUGGAUUUAGAAAAAAGAAAAGAAGUUUACGGAGUGUGUGGAGAAUGUAAUGAACCAGGUACAGGAGAUACAUGGUGUCAACCUUGUAAAGGUUAA